UAACUUACGUUAGUGCAAAGACAACGUUCGUUUAAUAUUGCUGAUUUCAAAUAAUUUUGUAUUUUUGAUUAGUCAACAAUAAGUAAGAUAAAGGAAACACAUAUUGUGCAUGUUAUUAUUAAUAAAAGGUGUCGUCUAUUCAAGUUAUUCCCAUGAAACAUAAUAUAGAAAAUAAAUUUGAAAUAAUCGACCAAUGAGAUCUUACCAUUCGAAUGUUCAACAACGAUUUUCUAUUGGUCGACGGUGAUUGAGAUAAUUAAUUUGAAAUAACAAAUUAAAAAAAUAAAACAAAAGAAAUUAGAAUACGAUAUACAAGAAUUUUCAUUUAUAGGGGAAAAUAUUAUUAUUAGUGUUGCUUUAUUAUUAUAUUUAAUGAUACAUUGUUUUUGAGUGAAAAUAUAUAAACAAAUCGAAAGAAUUAUAUAUAUAUAUAUUUAUAUAAAUAUAAUAAAACAAAACACAAAAGAAAAAUUAAAAAAUAAGAAAGUAAUUAACAACGACGAAGAUAUUGUUCGGAUUUUUAUUGAUAAAAAAUAAAAAACGGAAGAAGAUGAGACCACCAGCGUAUAAUGCAGAAGAGGUACAAGAGAUACCUCAAGAGCAAGGAGAAAGGAACGUGGCCAUGGCUGUUUGCGUCCAAUUGGCGGGUCGAGCGAUUAUUAGGGUAGUUUCAAGAUGCGAAGAAGCUCAAGACAAUUGUAAUCUAGAUUUGUCCGAAUGUCAGUUAAUGCAAGUACCAGAUGCGGUUUAUCAUUUGAUGAGACAUACAGAAUUGAAAAGAUGCGAUUUAUCUGGCAACGUUAUAACUAAGAUUCCACCCAAAUUUGCAGUGAAAUUUUCCCUCAUCACUGAACUUAAUUUAAGUCACAAUCAAAUGAGCAAACUGCCCGAAGAACUUGCCGAACUUCAAGCAUUGGAAAGACUCAACAUUUCGCAUAAUACUUUUAUCGCUUUGCCACCCGUUACUUGUCGGAUACCUCAACUUAAACGACUUCUUGCCAAUAAUAACUCCAUCAUCGACAUUGACGUUGAAAGAAUUAAACAUGCACCGGCGUUGGAAUACAUAGAUUUGCAGGCAAAUCCAUUAACGCCAAGGAUGCACGAUCUUCUGGGUACCCUGACUCGUAUUAGAGUGGAAUUAACACCACGACAAGUAGAAGAUUGGGAAGAUUUGACUAUCUGAAACUAAUUCUUAGUCUGAUGAAAAAAAGAAGAAAGAAAAGAAAAAAAAGAGAGACAUUAACUAAUUGUUCAAAGAAAGAGUCAGCCGUUAGCUUUCACUUUUUAUGAAUAAGCAUUACGGCGCAACCUUCUCGGUUGAUAUUCGUUUAAGACUGCAAGACACAAUCCUUGCAUAGUUUAAGAAUUAAACAAAUAUUUUGUACAGCGAUAUUAUACAUUUUGACUGACGGCAAGCGAAUAUGCAAGCGACUGUAUUAUAUACAUAUAAUUAUUCAUCGAUAUCUAUUUUAAAAUGAUGCACAUUUGUAACUUUUCAAUUAUUCGUAUCUCGUUCUUUUUUUUUCGAGAUAUCUUUCAUAAUAUUUCCGAUUCGCAUUUAUUCGAAUUGGGAAAAAUCGAUUGCACUUCUUAAUAGUUUUGCUUCUUAGAAUUAGUUUUUUAUCUACUUAUAUAUGUCUCUUCGAUGUAUUCUUAUUGAUAAGCCGCUAAACAAUUUCUAAAGUUAUUAUUACUUUAAUCUGACUAAUUUUGUUCUCGGAUACAUAAGAAGAAGUCAAAUUUAUCUUCAUUUACUUCGUUUUAUGUAUUUUAGUACUACAUUAACAGUAUACGACUGCCAAUCUUGCGAUUAAUCGAUUUUUCUGACAAUAAUAUUCAUUUUAUUAUUUUAAUUAAAGGAAAAAGUAUAACGAAUUUUUCUCUUAGCAUUUUUUAUAUAUACAGGGUGUCCCGGUUUUUUUCCGCUAAAUAUUACCAACAUAUUCUACAUGCAAAUAUAAGACAAAAAUGUCAUAUAUAAUAUAGACCUUUAACUUAUUAAAAAGUUAUAAUGAAAAAUAUGAAAUAAUUAAGAAUUAGUGUAUCAUCAAUAGUUAAAAUAAAAGAUUAUCGAUAUAAUUUACAGAAAUGAAGGAAAAUGAAUAUGAAAUUAAUAAUGCAAUAGAUUCUAUUUUCCAUAGAUAUCAGUUCUACAUUCAUAAUAACGGACAGCAUUUUAAAAUGAAAUUAUAAUUGAUUGAAACCUGUAUAAUUAUCAACCAACGACACCAGUUAAUUAUUAUUUCAUAUUUUUGUUUACUAAUUUUGUAUAAAACAUUUAAGGGUCCUCUCGUUUAUAUUACAUUUUUGUCUUAUUUUUGCUUAUUAAAUAUGUUGGUAACGUUCGACGGAAAAAAAACUAUAACACCCUGUAUUUAUAUAUAUAUAUAUAAAAAUAAAAAGAAAGCAAA